AUGAAAACCGCAGUGGCCGAAGCUGGGCUCACGGCCGAGUGGCGUGUAGUUCCUUCGAGCGGCUUGUCGACUUCGGUGUUGGCUGUUGCAGCCCAUGGAAACCUCUUUUCCUCCACGCUGCUGAGAACUAGAGGACGAAAACGAAGCUUUGUGCCUGAAGAAGAAAAACCUGAGGAACGGAUUCCCAGAGAAAGAAGACAACGACAGUCCGUUCUACAAAAGAAGCCCAAAUCGGAGGAUUUAAGGACUGAAUGUGCUACCUGCAAAGGGACUGGAGACAAUGAAAAUCUAGUCAGGUGUGACGAAUGCAGGCUGUGCUACCAUUUUGGCUGUCUAGACCCUCCCUUGAAAAAGUCCCCUAAACAGACUGGCUAUGGAUGGAUUUGUCAGGAAUGUGACUCUACGUCCUCCAAA